AGGAGAGCAACAAUCAUCCAUUAGUUUAUCGAAACUUAACGAACAAGAACCGGAUAAAUAUUUUUUAGCGUAACGGACGUACAUGGUUUUACAUUUGUUUUUGCAUAUCCCUGUAGUUGCGUGUGAAUCAUGACAUUAUUCUAAUAAACAUAAUAGUGCUUGUUGUGGUGAAAAUCGUUUGUUAGCUACCUUGAAAGUGUUGUAAUAUAGUAUCCAUCAGGUAGGUCGGUGGAUAGGUCGAAGGGGUGCAAUUGACUGGCCUCCCCGGUCACCCGACUUGACUCCUUUAGACUUUUUUCUGUGAGGACACAAAAAGUAAAAUGUAUAGCACACCACUUUCAUUAGAAGACCUGGGGAGACGAAUUAUUGAUUUUCGUUGCGAAGUGACCCCGCAAGUUCUUCAGAAUUUUCGAGAACGGUUUGACGCUAAUUUGUAUUACUGUAUGGAAGUUGGUGGGCAACAUUGUUAGCAUUUGCUUGAUUUAUUCGGUCUACAUGGAUUUAUAUUGGUAUAUAUUGGUAACAUGUUUCUGCUGUACCUAUAUGUUGCCUAGUCUGGCUUUCAAUGGUGAAUUGGCAGAAAAAGAAUGUCCAGACGAGUGCGAUUGUCAUUAUUUUCGCAUCAACUGGGUGACGGACUGUUCAAAUAGCAAUUUGACGGAAAUUCCUUACGAUGAACUUAGCAUGGAUGUAUACAUUUUGGAUUUAAACGAUAAUUUAAUAUCCGAAGUUGAGCCUUUCCCGCCUGACAUCAAAAUUAGACGGCUACAAAUGGCGGAUAAUCUCAUGACGGAGCUUAAAAAAGAGUCGUUUAGAGGUCUAACCUACCUUAUUGAUGCUGAUUUUUCAGAGAAUAGGAUAAAGAGAAUUGAUACCGACCUCUUUCCUGACUCUGCUGGCUUUAUCACCUUGGAGCUGCAAAACAACCCAUUAGAACCUGUUGAUGGACCAUUUUUAGCCAUAAGCACUUUAUUGUAUCUAGAUAUAAGUAAUUGUAGCUUACAAUAUUUAAAUGACCAAUUCUUUGAAAAUAUAUCAGCUCUUACAACAUUAGAUUUAUCGGAUAAUCCAUUUACUAUUUUAGAAACGAGAGCUUUUGAAAAUCUAACCAGCCUAGAAACCCUAAAACUAAAUAACUGUAAUUUAUCAUAUAUUGGAGAUAACACCUUUAAAGCACUAGAUAACUUGAAAAAUUUGGAGCUUAGUUUAAAUCAUUUUUCACAUCAAAUGAAUUGGGAUAUAGUACUUGCAAAUCUACCUUUACUAGAAAAUUUUGAUUUGAGGAAUUCAAAUGUUCAUUCGCUAACUGACACAAUGUUUUUCAAUAAUCACUAUAUAAGGGUAUUGGUUCUAGCAGAAAAUCCUCUCUCUGACAUUGAUGUAGGGCUCACUAUUAAAGUGUUAUCUAACUUGGAAGUUCUCGAUUUAUCUUAUUGCAAUUUGACAAUUCCUUUAUCGGAAGACACUUUUGCAAAUGUUACUAGGAUUCGAAGUUUAUAUCUCUCGGGAAAUACAUUAUUUGCAUCCGAUUUACUGGUGGCCUUAUCACCUCUUACAAACUUGCAGAAGUUAUCUUUGAGCAACUGUGAUUUACGGCGAUUGCCAGAUACGUUCCAUAAAUUUAAAAGUCUACAGGAAUUAGACAUAUCUUAUAAUCCGUUAAACGAUGCAUUUGUAAAACUCUUGACACCUCUUGAAACAUUAGAAUAUUUGAAUAUGGGAUAUAGUAAUUUAUCUCAUAUUGCUCCGACAUCGUUUUCUAAAAUGACAUCAAUGCGGCGCCUUAUUUUAUCUGGAAAUGAUCUCAAUAAUUUAGAAGCUGGUCUCUUUACUAAUUUGACCCAUUUAGAAAGUCUUGAACUUAAUAAUUGUGGAUUACGUCGACCGCUUAAUGCUACUUUAUUUUUUAACAACUUUACGUACACAGAUUUGACAGAGCUUCAAUUAGCAGGAAACCCUCUUCGGGUAUCAAAAACAGGUCCGCUUCUUCCCAAACAACUUUCCAGAUUAUUGACUCUAGAUUUAAGUAAAUGCAACUUGACUUUUUUACCUCCUGAUGCAUUUUUUUGGACUCGAAACAUAACUACUUUAAUAUUGGCUGGAAAUUACUUUAGUUCUCCUAAUGCUUUUCAUUUUUUGGAGCUUUUACCAAAUCUUGAAGUGCUUGAUUUAACAUAUAACAAUUUAUCGACCUUCUCACCCAGAGAAAUUGAGUUUAAUAAAAAUUUAAAUAAACUAAAAUUAAUUGGAAAUCCAUGGAAAUGUGAUUGUUCAGUUGCAGAUUUAUGGGACUGGGCACACAUGGAAAAAGGUGAUUUAAGUGUUCUGGAGGGUUCGACAAUAGGAGCCGCUGAUCUUACAGUUGGAAAGCAUAAAAGAAAACGUCUUCUUGUCUGCAAAUAUGAUGAAAAAAUUGGGUUCCCUUUAAUUAUGAAUAAAACUGUUGCUGGUAGGAAACCGUUUAAACAUUCUCAAAGAACUAUACUAGCUUCGAACCGAACAUGGGCGAAAUACGUGAGAGAAUCAGGCUGCGAGCCAUCUCCGAAUUUCUUUUUGUCUAGAUCUUCCAGAUCUAUAGAAUCUCGAGGAUAUGUAAAUGCAGAAGGGAUUACAAUGCCCUUAGCGGAACAUCUUGAAAACACUUGGUCUUCGGCAGCUCUUAAUGCAGUUGCUGUAUACGCCUUCGUUAUGGCAGUUAUUGGGGCUUUGAUUCUUGUUACAAGAAGAUUAGCUUUUGUGACUAACUCAAACUAAGGAAAUACAUUUUAUGUUUGUAUAAGGGGUUUUGAAGGCCCCAAUGCUCGAACCAUUGGGUAGUAUAAAAUUGUUUGAUUUGACCCUUGUGAUAAAUAAUAUAAAUGUAUUAGGAAUUAACUUGUCACCGACUAUUUAGUCAGAUAAAAAGACAUUUUAGCAUUAGCGUAAAAGUAAUGAAAAAGUUUUAAAAAGAUUAUUAUUAAAUAUGUAUUUUAACAUAAUUAUUUAUUGUUAUCAUACAUGAAGGUUAUAAUAAAAAAAUAUUUGUA